GCACUGGAGGGGAGAGAUGAAUAUGCAGACACAAAGCAUGAGUUUUUCUGUAGUAUCUGAUGACUCCUCUAUACUGGAUUACAAGCCUUCCACACUCUCUUUAAGAGGCAGGAAUACGAGUGAAGCGAUAUGGAAUUUUUCGAACGUGGAAUGAUUAGAAACAAACUGCCGACAUGGCAAGUGUUUAUUUGGUGGCAUCAUUUCUUUUUGUUGUGGAGUACAAUAGACGGACAGACUCGGUACAGCAUACCAGAGGAACUGAAACAAGGCUCCGUGGUUGGAAAUAUAGCCAAGGAUUUGGGUUUGGUUGUAUCUGAACUGCAUCAGCGUAAAUUGCGAAUUACAUCUGAAGCUGGUAAGCAGUAUUUUAACGUGGAUCUAGGGAAAGGAGAACUCGUAGUGAUUGACAGAAUUGAUAGGGAGGGACUGUGUGAACAAAGACCUUCAUGUUUGCUGCCUUUGGAAUUAGUUAUAGAUAACCCUUUACAGCUGCAUAGAAUUGAAAUUGAAAUACAAGACACAAAUGAUAACUCGCCCAGUUUUCCUACGAAGGAGAAAGUGGUGAAAAUUGCAGAAUUGGUCAAUCAAGGGGCCCGAUUUCCUUUAGAGCCUGCCCAGGAUCCUGAUGUUAGUAUUAAUUCUGUACGCUCAUAUCUUAUAAGUAAAAAUGAUCAUUUCAAACUGACUGUUAAAAACCAGAAAGAUGGAAGAAAGAUCCCUGAACUAGCUCUUGAAAAACCCCUUGAUCGAGAAAAGCAGCCUGUACACAAGCUCAUCCUCACGGCUGUAGAUGGCGGAGAUCCGGUACGCUCAGGAACAUCUGAAAUUACCGUCAUAGUACUUGAUAUCAAUGACAAUGCGCCACAAUUCGAAAGACAGGUAUAUGAAGCAAAUGUCAGUGAAGAGGCUAAACCUGGGACUGACAUAUUAAAUGUUAAAGCUACAGAUGCAGACGAGGGAUUGAAUGGAGAAAUUGAAUAUUUAUUUGCGGAGCAAACGUCUGAUAUUAUUUUAUCAUUAUUUGACAUUGACCCUCCGACUGGAACAAUUACUGUAAAGGGGAUUUUAGAUCAUGAAGCAAACUCUUUACACAGAUUUGAUGUAACUGCAAAAGACAAAGGAAAUCCUGAGAUGGAUGGACACUGUAGUGUUGAAAUCAAAGUAGUUGACAUUAACGAUAAUGUUCCUGAAAUAAUUGUUACGUCUUUAACAACACCUGUACGAGAAGAUUCAGCAGUCGGGACCGUUAUUGCGUUAAUAAGCGCAAAAGACCCAGAUUCAGGUGACAAUGGCAAAGUAACACUCACUGUGUCUCCCAGUUCACCAUUCAAGUUAAAUCCAUCAGUUUCUAAUCAUCAUUCAUUGAUAACAAAUGGACGACUUGAUCGUGAAAAAACGGACCACUAUAUUGUUAAGAUAAGGGCUUCCGAUUCUGGAAAACCCCCGUUGACAAGUGAAAAAACGAUCCUUGUUAACCUGUCAGAUGUUAAUGAUAAUGCACCACUUUUCUCCCAACUUUCCUAUGUCGUUUAUACAAAGGAAAAUCAUGCUCCAGGUAAAAUUAUUGGCUCAGUGGCAGCAACUGAUCCAGAUGCGGGCGAAAACGCAAAGAUUUCUUACUCUAUAUUAGAUUCAAAAGUACAAGAUGUUUCCGUUUCUUCUUAUGUUUACAUUAACUCGGAUAACGGCAGCAUCUACAGCAUGCACUCGUUUGACUAUGAGAAACUGAAGGUGUUUCAGAUUGUGGUUCAGGCGAAGGACCAGGGCUCUCCAUCUCUCAGCAGCAACGCUACUGUCCAUGUUUUCAUCCUGGACCAGAACGAUAAUGCCCCCGCUGUUAUUUACCCCUCCUCCGCUGCUCUGGGCUCCCUCUCUCAUCAGAGGAUGCCCCGCUCCGCUAAAGCUGCUCAUCUGGUUACUAAGGUGACGGCCGUGGACGCUGACUCGGGCCAUAACGCCUGGAUCUCCUACAGACUGGCGGAGGCCACAGACGCCUCUCUGUUCACUGUCAAUCUGUAUACAGGGGAGGUGAGGACUAAACGUGCUGUUUCCGAGCAGGACGAGUCCUCUCAGAGACUACUUAUAGAGAUCAAGGACGAUGGGGAACCGGUCCAGUCCGCCACCGUUACGGUGUCCAUCCUGGUGGAGGACGGUCUUCAUGAGCCCAUCUUAGACCUCCGACACAAAGUGUCCGAGCCCAGCAAGAAAACCGGGAGAAUCACCCUUUAUUUGAUUCUGUCUCUGGCCUCGGUGUCCGUGCUGUCUCUGGUCACGUUUCUCAUCUUGGCGGUUAAAUGCAUCAGGAACAGCAGAAGCAGCGGGAGCUGCUGCAUGAGACGGAGUGACUGUGAUGAUUACAAGAACCCCAACAGAAACUUGCAGAUCCAGCUCAACACUGAUGGACCUAUAAAGUACGUGGAGGUCCUGGGAGGAGACAUGCUGAGUCAGAGUCAGUCCUUCAGGUCCUGCAUGUCUCCGAUGUCAGAGUACAGCGAUUUUACUUUAAUUAAACCCAGCAGCACCACAGACUUUAAGGAGGUGAUCAGUGUCUUGGAUGCGUCCUUACCUGACAGCACUUGGACUUUUGAGAGUCAACAGGUGAGCAGAACAUAA